AUUACACACACAAUAAAAAUCACACAGGAAAUCAGAGGAUAAAAGUUAAUUCAAUAAUGGUUGGUUUUUGACUGUAUCAGGAAUAAUGAAUAUUGAAAAAUGUUGGAAGAGUGACCUUCUAUGAUUUUUUGUUCUCUUCCCUUCCAGGAAUCUGCAGAAAACAGGAGUGGUCUCAAAUGUUCUAGAUUAAUUGAAAUAAAUCUUCAGACAAAUUUCUCAUAUGGUGCGCAUAGGUUUGCAGUACUUUACAGUACCAAAUUAUUCCGCCACAUUAUUUUGAAGCAACUAUGGCCUUUUUCUAAAGGGCUGCAGGGUUUUAAUUGUUUCUGGUGAGGAGCAAAUUGUAGAAGCUUGGGGAUUUUAAUUUUAAAGUUUUCUUAUGAAUUUUGCAUUUGGGCACAUACAGUUAAGGAGGGUGGGGUUCUUGAAAGAUUCUACAAAAUGAUGGCCUCCAACCAACAGCUAUGCUACAGAAGUGGCUUUUUAAUGUUGUUGAGAAUAAAAGAUCAUUUAUUAAAAAAAUAAUAAUAAGCACGCAAUCCAAUCAGCCUGGGACUGGCUGGGAGUUUCAGGAGAAACUCCCUUAAAAAAAUUUAGUUUUUUGAAUUUUCCCAACAAAACUAAAUCAACUCAAGCACUUCAUUGGAUAAAUUUACUUGCAAAAUGAAUACAGAUAAAAUUGAAUCAACAACACACCUUGUAAUCAAGAAUUACAAAAAGAGGCAGAAAAAAGGUGAUACAUCCAAAAAUAAAACACAUCAUUCAGCUGUGGGGUUCAGCUGGGGAUUUCCUUGAGGAAAUCCCAAAAGAUAAAAUAUAAACUGUAUUUCUUUACCCCAAAUUAAUUCACAAAUCACAAAAUCAAUCACACAACACAAUGGAUAAAAAGAGAUAACCUUCACAAUCACACACACACAAAAGCAACACACAUAUUUUGUAGUCUGUACUUUUGCACACCUAAAUUGCACUGUACCUGCCAGUGUGCAGGUACAGUAGUAUAUUAAGGUACCAAAUUAUUCCAUCACACACCUCACACCAAACUCAAGUUGCAUGUACCAAGUUCAUGAAGUUUUGCCGUGGAAUGAUCUUUUUCUCAUAUUUUUGUGAAGAAGGAAAAGGAAGUUGAUUUCCUUGAGGCUGGGAUUCUGGCCUCUGGUUGGCUGAUUUCAAUUGAGUGGAAGACAAUGGGCUGCAUCAUCUUGCACCAGUCCUUUGGGACUGGUUUUUUUAUUAAAGCCUUGGAGGGCUUAAUUUUGGUUUCUUGUUGUUGGGGGGAUUACUUUUAGUUUUUAUCUUUAAUUAUUUACUGUGCCUGGUGGUCUGUACGUGUCAAAUGCUGUUAUAUGUAUUACAGCAUGUGCAGGAAAAUAUUUAAAUUUUCUCAAUUUCACUCAGUCAAUUUUUUGGUGUUGCUGGAUUGAAUAGGGGAAAUGCAAUUAAGAUGGAUUGAUGCCAAUCAAGUAAACUGUGCAGCUAAGGUAGAGACAAACAGCUUAAGGAAAAAUAAUUUUGGCAUAUUUGUGGGCGUAAAUUGCCCCUCUGCUCUGGAUGCACUACAAAGUUUAUCCAGAGGCUUUUCAGGCAGUGGUUGAGAAAUAAGAAUAGUAAGCUGGGGUCACAGGAUAAUAGAGGAUGGAGAUGUAUUUCUCUUUCAGGUUAAAAGUUUCAAUUAAAAUACCUUGCAACCGUUUGCUACAAAUCUCUGACUCUCUCUGAAUGAAUAAGUGCAGAUAAACAAAUUCCCAGACAAAAAAAAACAGGAUUGCAGAAAAUUCUUCCAGGGUGGAAGCUCCAAGGUGGAGAAAAAAAAGAGGCAGACCAUGCUCCAGAAAGGGCAAGCCUGUAUCUUUUCCUUUCUUUUUCUUCUUUCUCUUGUGGCUGCAGGGACCUGAACAAAGGAAAAACAAACACACACACACUAACUUACAAUGAGUGACUUUAAUGUUCAGUAACACAUAUUCUUGUUGGUUGGAGUGGAUGAUAGCACUUCAAAAAUGGGAAGAAAACAUGUUGGACACCGGACAAAAAUUAGCUGGCUUGUUUCAAACAAGUAUUCCUACACUUUUGUUUCCUCUCUCUUGACCACUAAUCUCUUGGGGUCAAGAUUUCAUACAAUCACAGCACAUAUCAGGGCCUGAUCUUGAACAAUGAAAAGGGAGCACUGUCAGGACACUUGAACAUAAUUGUGAAUGAUAUUCACAAAAGGAGGCAAGAAUUUGUGUAAUUUUGAAAAUGAAACACACAGAAUCAGCUGUGCGGUGCAGCUGGGGAUUUUCUUAUGAAAUCCCAAAAGAGAAAAGUGUAUUUCAAUUAAAACCCAAGAUUCACACACUUCUUCACACGCACAAAACAAAAUUGAGAAAGAUAACCUUAUUCACAAUCACAAGAUUGCAACACACAUCUUCAUCAGUCUGUUCUGCACACCUGAUCUGUUGAAACCAUUGAAGGGAACAGAUUAAAAUCUCUAGUAGUCAUUUAAUAUGGCUGCCAUCUAACAGGAGUCAGUGUGCAAGUAUAGCAGUACAUUAAGGUACCAAAUUAUUCACUCACAAUAAUUACACACAUCAAAGGUAUUCACAGUAAGCUCUGACAACACAAUCUAUUUUGCAGUUGAGUCCACAAUGUUUUUGAUGAUUUGUACUGGUAUUUUGCAAUGGUUCUAGAUUGUGGGUUUUGUGAUCUUUCUAGAAGCAUUUGGAAGUCAAUGAACUGAAAAAUAAGUAACAGUCUGUUGAUGCAAUGCACAUGCAUUGGAACCAACUGAAGACCCAACACAAUUUAGUAGACAAGUUGUGCAGGGAAAAUAAAGAAAUGAAAAUAAAAGGGCAAUCAGCAGGUUUGCAGCCUUUAACAUUUAUUUUAAAAGAUUACAGGACAAAUGGAACAGUCACAACUUGCGCAGUGGUAAAUCACCUGCUACAAAAACUCAAAUUUUCAUCCAAUUCCUUAACUCUUCAAGUUGCAGUAUUGAGGGAAUACUCAGAAAAGCAUUCUUGCCACAACUUUUAGUUUAUAAUGUCAUUCCAUCAACCUAUGUUUCCCAUGAGAUUUUGAGAGAACCUAAAAUAUUGACUUGAGUGCACAGGAAUUUUUGGACGUCUCUCUCUCUGCUUGUUGGAAAUGUGAUUGUGUAAUAGAUCUCAUUGUUUUUUUCCUUUGAAUCUGCGUUUGAUUUUUCAAAUUGAAAAUUCUCUGUCGUUUUCAUUCUCUGGGAGAGGUUUUAUUCCCAAGUAAAAAUACAAAAAUGAGACCUUACGAUUUGGUUGUGUUCGGGGCUUCGGGGUUCACUGGUCAUUAUGUUGUGAGAGAAAUUCUCAAGAUGAAGAAGCAGGCGAAUUAUUCCGCUUUGAAAUGGGCGGUUGCAGGGAGAAACGGAAGCAAAAUCAAGGAAACUCUGGCCUCAGUUUCCGUGUCUACUGGCGAAGACUUGUCGAAAGUUCCUAUUUUGAUUGCUGACGUGAAGGAUGCUUCGUCUUUGGAGAAAAUGGCGGAGAAAGCGGAAGUUGUGGUGAAUGUCGUGGGACCUAAUUAUGUUUCUCAUUGUUCAUUCCAGUACCGGUUUUUCGGUGAGCCGGUUGUCAAAGCUUGUGUCGAGAAAGGAGCGAGUCACGUUGACAUCAGUGGGGAGGCUCAGUAUUUGGAGAGGAUGCAACUGGAAUACCACAAGAAGGCAUUGGACAAGCAAGUGUAUGUGGUUGGUGCCUGUGGGUUUGACAGUAUCCCUGUGGAAAUGGGCAUCAUUCACUUGAGAGACAAUUUUGGAGGAGACCUGAAUGCUGUUGAGCAAUACAUGCGAUUCUUUCCUGGUCCUAAGGGUUAUGUAGUCAAUUCUGGCACUUGGAAAUCCGCUGUUUACGAAUUUGCGACGGUCCAAGAGAUAAACAAGAUACGGAGAAAACUGUUUCCUACGAGACUCCCGCCGAGUUCUCAUAAACUAAAAAUCAGGCCUGUCUUGCACAAAGACCCCUUGAAAGGGAAGUGGAGUAUUCCGUUUCCUGGCCCAGACAGAACAGUUGUGAUGAGAAGUCAGCGAUUUUUCUAUGAAAAUUCCGACAACAAACCUGUUCAAAUGGGAUCUUACCUGUCCUUUGCCUCUUUAUUGAAUUCCGUCAGUGUGAUGCUUUUCGGUGCUGUGUUUGCAGCCCUUGCAAAGAUUCCUUUCGCCAGAGAUUUCCUGGCAAAUAAUCCGAAGUUGAUCACAUUCGGUGCCUUUUCGGAUGAGGGUCCUUCCAAAUCACAGAUUGAAGGGUGCCGUUUUUCUGAAAUUCUCAUCGGAACUGGGUGGGAUGAAAAGCUGCCGAGAAAUGUAUCCCACCAGCAGGAACCAAACACGACGAAGAUUUUAGAGGUUGCUGGACCUGAUCCUGGUUACGUCGGAACGUCGAUUUGUUUGGUGCAAUCGGCCUUAACUAUAUUGAAAGAAAAAAACAAGCUGCCGUCACAGGGCGGUGUUUAUCCCCCGGGUGCAGCAUUUGCUAAAACCUCGAUCAUUCAAAAUCUGCAGAAGAAUGGAGUGACUUUCACUUUCCUCUGAGAAAUUCUGUGGCUGUGUUGUCUAUGACGGGCUUUCUUUUUGUGGAUAGGAAAAUGAAAACCUUGGGUGCUAAUGAAAUUCCCCGUGUUGCUUUUGCAAGAAGAGGAAUGAAAGUUCUUCGAACAAAAACGUAAACACGACAAUUUCAGGAUUACUUCAGAACAUUUUUCAAAAUUUUCGUUGAUCCUCCGAUUCAAGAUGAACUUAUGACUAAGAUUUAAUUUUUUUGCGUCGAAGCAUUUUCCGGAAAUAUUGGCAAAACCCCAUUUUUGAGGAAAUUUUAUUCCUACUGUCGAACGAAAAUACGGUUAUUCCAGGAUUUAUGUGGAAAAUUAAGAAAAACAUUUUCGAUGAUCCUCCGGUUCAAGAUGAACGAUUUCGCGUGACUAAAAUGUAAAUUUUUUUACGUCGCAAAAUUUUCAGAAAAAAAAAUUGGAAAAACCUUAUUUUUGUGGAAAUUGUAUUCCUACUGUCCUCAGUUUCGUUAUCGAAAUUAUCUCUUCGAAAAUCCGUCGAGCAUAUUUUUCUUGAUCGUGAAAAACCUUUAUCACAAUUUGUAUGUUUAACGUUUUUAGGUUUUGUCCACAGGCAUCGCGAUCCUCUGUUUCGU